AUGCAUAACGAAGAAGAAGAUAUCAACGAAGAAGAUUUUAUUAAGAAUACUAAUAAAUACAUUGAUAAUGAAUGUUUCCUUAAAAGAUUGAAAGCAUACCAAGUGUGCAAGCUUCUUGACAAAAUAACGUUAACUUCUUCACAAUAUUCAACAUUAUUUUUUAAUUUAUCCAAAUAUUUUGGUAAAAUUGACUUGCUUAUGAUACUUAGUCAUGCUCACACGACAGAAUUCAAAAAUAAAUCUGAUGCAAAAGAAGUUUCAGAUACAAUUUCUUCGGUUCUUGGUAUUAAUACUCUCCAAAGUUUAUUUUCAUACUUUAAAGAGAUAUCAGAUGAUAUUAAAAUCGAAGUCAAUAUUAGAAAAUCAUCAUCUGACCAUAUUCCAAUUUCUAUAUCUUUAGACAGUACAAUUCUAGAUCUUAAACAACAGAUCAAAGCAAAAUUAUCAGUCGACCCUGAUAGACAAAUUUUAUUUUACAAUGAUACUCUUCUUGAAAACGAAAAUUCAUUAAAUUUCUAUCGUCUCCACAAUGGUGCUACACUUGACUUACUGAGACUAGAUAAUUUUCCAUCUCUUACACCAUCACAAUCUGGAGAUAAUAGUUUACCAAGAGUUUCUCUUGAAAUUCGAGUCAACAGAGAAUCAACAACAAUUCCAAACAUUGACCUAUCAAUAAGAGGUAUAGAACUUAAAUACAUUAUUCAGCAAACAAAAGGAAUUUCAGUUAGCCAACAACGCUUAAUAUUUGAUGGAACAUAUAUAGACAACGGCAGCAGCCUUAUGAGCCAUGAUAUACAAAAUGGUAGCAUUAUUUAUGUUGUAGAUUCUACUUAA